AGAGAAUAAAAGAGCUACAGAGCACACAUAGGCUUAACUUGACACAGGUAUCAAACUCAGGAUAAGAGCUACGCCUGUUUUUUUUUCCUCCUUUUGUCAAGGGAAACAGCCAUGUCCGAUAUGCUCGACGAUAUCUUCAAAAAGAACUUUUUAAAUCUGACCCUGGAUGAAGAUUUCCCCCCUUCACAAGCUCGAAACAAGGGCCGUCUGAACCGCUCGGCCUCCUUCUUCUCUCCCCCCUCCCCUCUUGCAGCUCCCUGCCACAGCCUGAGCUCAGGAGACAUUAAUAAUGAGGACAACGGCCCAAUCUGGUCCAACAUCUGGAGCCAGGCUCCCAUCUCCAAACCCAAACAGCCGCCUUUCAGGCCCGACCGCUCCAUGAGCCUGACUGACAGCAGCAGCCUGCUGGCCACGCUGGGGCAGCUCAAGAGUCUGGAGGGUUUUCCCUCAGGGCCCUCCACCACAGUGGCUCCACCACCCGGCUUUGCCCCUUCUGCCAAUCUCCAAGCUCAAAUGCAGCCUAUGUUGGCAUCCAAUCGUUACAAGACUGAACUGUGCCGUGGUUUCCAAGAAACUGGCAGCUGCAAAUAUGGCAACAAAUGCCAGUUUGCCCAUGGGGAAGCUGAGCUGCGUGGACUGUACCGCCACCCUAAGUACAAAACAGAGCCUUGCAGAACCUUCUACAACUUUGGCUACUGCCCCUAUGGCUCACGUUGCCACUUCAUCCAUGAGGAGAAGAUUGGUGGUAGCCAGGCCAAGCUUCAACGCCAAGCAGUAACCACAGCAUCCAGCACUCAAAAUCCUCGUCACCAGCUUCGUCAAAGUCUGAGUUUUGCUGGUUUCCUGCACUCUCGCAGCUCACCUCCACCUGCAUUCCCCAACUCUUUCAAUGAUCCCAAUCUGGUCUUCAGCCGCGCCCCUUCUGUUUCCCCACCUCCUGCUGAUCUUCUCUCUCCAGUUUUUAACGAUUCCUUUCCACGUGAAACUUCAGCAUUCCAGUUUGGACCCCAGCUGACCCGUGCCAGUGCUGGGGACCUCCACAACAUUCCUCUGAUCGUGGAACCAAAAGCCACACGCUGUGUGUGCGGCCAUGGGAAUAACCUCCUGAAUGACAGAGUCUUCCCCACCAGGGAGGAUAUGCUGCCAGCUCCAGUGUCCUUGGGGAAAGCUGCAGGUCUCCAGCGUUUCUCCUCCGAGGACUCCCUGGAGGACUGCUACAGCAGCAGCAGUGGAGGAUCCAGUGGAUCCGAGUCUCCCACCUUUGACGUAUCGAACACCAAGAGGCUCAUUGUCUUUGAGCGCUUGUCCCUAUCCGAAUGAGGGAACAACGAACUGACACUUAUUUACUGUGUCCCCACAAACACUUUAAGUACUUAAUUUAUCUAAAUGAUGAUUUUAGUACCCAUUUAUUAUCAGACUUUAUUUUUAUACUUCAGAUAGUGUGUAGCUCAUAAGACCUUUGUUAUGGUCUUCCAUAUAAAUUAACGCAGCAGGUCUUGCCAGUUGGGAGGGCUAUGUUGCCCUAAGACUGUACUGAUCAAAGUGGCUUUUUGGUAGUGAUAAUCAGAAACCUUUGUGCCUUACAAACUCGUGCCUUGUACAGGUUUUCACUCUCGGUGCCAUGAGCAGUGUUUGAUUCAGUAGCCUUAAUCGCCUUAACCAGAAACGUAUCAUCCAUGCCAUUUUAUCUGUGUUAUGCACUUUACAGCUGAUUUAAAUGGGACGACCUGUCAAGUCUCCCUGUAGCAUUCAACCAAAGCUUCAGACUUCACUGCUCUGUGUGUAUGAGUGUAUGUGUGUGUGAAUGUGUGUGUGAAAGGUGCAUGUUUCCCUCCGACCUGGGGUACAAGCAAAUACUAUCUACAGAACACGCAAGAGUGCUUAUGCUGAUCAUGAUCACAUUUGUCAUUCUGUGGUGUGUUGGCUUGUAGUACACCCCUGUUUUAUUGUGCCCUGAUAGAGUGACAACCGAGUUCAGGGACACUGCAGUAUUCCUUUGGUUAAUGGUCGCCUUGCAAUGUUUAACUUAAAUACGUAUUUAUUAUGAUAUUUAUUUGUGUCUAAAGAAGAAAUGUAUUUUGUACUUUAUUUAUAGAGAAAUAUUAACAUCUGUGAAAUACCAAUGUGAGUAAAAAGCAUUAAAAAGAGAAUCCUAUAUAUUUUUAAUUGUCUAAAAGGGACAAAAUCAUGUUCUAAAUAAAAAAAAAUGGAUGUAUCUAGA